CAAAUUUAUAGCGGUAAAACGACAGAGGCGCUACAGCUGACUUAGCACACUAUCGAAAAAUGAAAAGUGGUACUCAGCAACUUCCCGAAAAUGACAUGGGUCCCGUAGCGGCUUCAGAUAAGCUUAUAGAUGGAUCUCUCACCGAAAGCUCGAAGGAUGCGGAUGAGUUGGCAUUGGAAGAUAUUCGUGAUCAGAUCCGAUAUAUUGAAAAAGCUGUUAUGACCAAAGAGGUUUAUUAUAUGACACGAGUUGUACGUGGUCUAUCAGGCAUUCGUCGCCGACUUAAUUGUAAUGUUUUGAGAGGCCUAAUGCAGGGUUACUUCCCGAAUCCUUCUCCACAGAAAACGUAUUUUUUAGAGUUUCUACCAGAGGCUAUGGAUACUGACUGUCCGUUGUCGUCGUUCCGUCCUCGUGCUGGAAAGCUGAACACUCCAUUGAUACCUGAGGUGGAAGUAUAUUUGCAUCUCCUCCUGGUAAUGUACCUGAUUGAUGAAAACCACUUAGAAGAGGCAUGUAAAUGUUCCAACCUUUUAAUGGAUCGUUUAAGUGCCACUAAUCGACGUUCUAUGGCACUUCUUGCAAGUCGAUGCUAUUAUUAUCAUAGUCGUAGUUAUGAACUUGUUGGACGCUUAGAAUCUGUACGAUCAUUUUUUCAUGGUCGUUUAUCAACUGCUACUCUUAGAUCUAAUUUCGAUACUAAAGCUGUACUGAUUAAUUUGUUAUUACGCAACUAUUUACAUUAUCAAUUACAUGAUCAAGCGCAUAAACUUGUUUCACGUGUAGUAUUCCCAGAAAAUGCACCAAAUAAUGAAUGGGCUAGAUAUUUGUAUUAUUUAGGUCGAAUCAAAGCAAUCCAACUGGAUUAUUCAGCAGCGCAUGAACAUUUAAUUUCUGCGCUACGUAAAGCACCACAACAUACAGCUAUUGGUUUUAAACAAGCAUUGCAUAAAUUAAAUACAGUUGUAGAAUUAUUAUUAGGUGAACAACCGGAUCGUUCAAUAUUUCGUCAAGCAUCAUUUAAAGCCGCAUUACAACCAUAUUUCCAGUUGACUCAAGCAAUUCAUGCUGGUGAUUUAUCACGAUUCAACGAUACACUCAGAAUACAUGGUGCACAAUUUUCCGCUGAUAAAAUGUAUACACUUAUAAUUCGUUUACGUCAUAACGUGAUUAAAACUGGUGUACGACGUAUAUCAUUGAGUUAUUCACGUAUUUCUUUAGUAGAUGUUGCUAAAAAACUUCAGUUAGAUAGUGUUGAAGAUGCAGAAUAUAUAGUUGCAAAGGCUAUUCGUGAUGGUGUGAUUGAUGCAAUAAUUAAUCAUGAAAAAAGUUAUGUCACUACUAAUGAAACAUUAGAUUUAUAUUCAACACGUGAACCUUUCAAUCAAUUUCAUCAACGUAUUAAAUUUUGUUUAAGUAUACAUAAUCAAGCAGUGAAAGCAAUGCGUUAUCCACCGAAACAAUAUUCAAAAGAUAUUGAAUCUGCUGAAGAACGUCGUGAACGUGAACAACAAGAACUUGAAAAUGCAAAAGAAUUAUCUGAAGAUGAAUUCGAUGGAUUUCCAUAAAUUUUAAUAUUCAUUAAUAUUAUUAUUAUUAAUGAAGAAUAUGGUUUUUAUAUAUAUAGUCAAUGGUUUAACGAUUCAUUGUUUUGUAUUCAAUACUGUUGUUUUUGUGAAGUAUAUAUCUAUCUAUAUAUACAUAUAUAUACAUAAAUAUAUGGAAGUUGUAUAAUCCCAUUGUUUCAUAAUCCUAUAGCCAAUAAUAUCAUGUCAUCAUUGAGACAGUCGUUUGUAAUUUGACAGUUCUUUUUUUUCUAUAAAUGUUGUUCAUUCG